AUGGAGGAAGAGAAUGAGGAGAAGCUGGCAUCUGUGUCUAACCUAGUGACUGUGUUUGAGAACAGCAGGACCCCAGAAGCAGUAGUACCCAGAGCUCACAGACUGGAGAAGGACGAAUGUCACCGCCCUGGGUGUAGACCUCCACAGUCCUCAGGGCCAUGGGAAAGGCCCAGCCUGGGGGAAACCCUGGCUUCUGAGUCCAGAACAGUCACCAGGAGGUAUCUGAACUCCUUGAAGAACAAGCUGUCCAGCGGGGCCUGGAGGAAGUCCUGUCAGCCUGGGACUGACCCUGGAUCAGGGACGCAGGAGCCUGAGAAGAGGAUUGUCCAGGAGUUGCUGGAGACGGAGCAGGCCUACGUGGCGCGCCUCCACCUGCUGGACCAGGUGUUCUUCCAGGAGCUGCUGAAGGAGGCUCAGAGCAGCAAGGCCUUCCCCGAGGAUGUGGUCAGGCUCAUCUUCUCCAACAUCUCCUCCAUCUACCAGUUCCAUUCCCAGUUCUUCUUCCCGGAGCUGCAGCAGCGGCUAGAAGACUGGACGGCCACUCCCCGCAUUGGUGAUGUGAUCCAGAAGCUGGCCCCCUUCCUGAAGAUGUACAGUGAGUAUGUCAAGAACUUUGAUAGAGCUGCUGAGCUGCUGGCCACCUGGACUGACAAGUCCCCACCAUUCCAGGAGGUGAUCACCCGCAUUCAGGACAGCGAGGCCUCGGGCAGCCUGACCCUGCAGCACCAUAUGCUGGAGCCUGUGCAGAGACUCCCGCGCUAUGAACUCUUGCUCAAGGAGUACGUCCAGAAGCUACCUGCCCAGGCUCCAGACCGGAACGAUGCCCAGAAAGCCCUCGACAUGAUCUUCUCAGCCGCUCAACACUCAAAUGCAGCCAUCACCGAGAUGGAGCGGCUGCAGGAUCUGUGGGAGGUGUACCAGCGUCUGGGCCUCGAGGACGACAUAGUGGACCCCUCCAACACCCUGCUCCGCGAGGGCCCUGUCCUCAAGAUUUCCUUCCGCCGCAGUGACCCCAUGGAGCGCUACCUGUUCUUGUUCAACAACAUGCUGCUAUACUGUGUGCCCAGGGUCAUCCAAGUGGGCUCCCACUUCCACGUGAGGACCCGCAUCGACGUGGCUGGCAUGAAGGUGCGGGAGUUGAGUGAUGCUGAGUUCCCUCACGCUUUCCUGGUGUCUGGGAAGCAGCGCACUUUGGAGCUGCAAGCCAGAUCCGAGGAGGAAAUGAUUUCCUGGAUGCAGGCCUGCCAAGCAGCCAUUGACCAAAUUGAGAAGCGGAAUGAAACCUUCAAGACUGCGGUCCAAGGGCUGGAGGGAGACACUCAGGAGCAGGAGCUGCAGUCAGAGGAAUUGGGCCUCCGGGCACCACAGUGGGUGCGGGACAAGAUGGUGACUAUGUGUAUGAGAUGUCAGGAGCCCUUCAACGCCCUGAGGCGCCGCCGCCACCACUGCCGGGCCUGUGGCUAUGUGGUGUGUGCCCGGUGCUCCGACUACCGGGCCGAGCUGAAGUAUGAUGACAACAGGCCCAACCGAGUCUGCUGUGACUGCUACACAUUCCUCACGGGAAACGUGGUCCCCAAGGACAAGGAGGACAAGAGGCGGGGCAUCUUGGAGAAAGGGUUUGCAAUGGGGUCCGAGCAGAGUCUGAUGUGCAGCUUCCUGCAGCUCCUUGGGGACAGGUGGGGCAAGAAUGGCCCCCGGGGCUGGUGUGUGAUUCCCUGGGACGACCCCCUUGUUCUCUACAUCUAUGCUGCCCCUCAGGACAUGCGGGCUCACACCUCCAUCCCUCUACUGGGCUACCAGGUGAUUGCUGGGCCCCAGGUGGGCCCCCGGGUCUUCCAGCUGCAACAGUCAGGUCAGCUGUACACAUUCAAGGCCGAGACUAAGGAGCUGAAGGACCGCUGGGUGAAGGCUGUGGAGCGCUCAGCCAGCGGCCAGAUCCCCGGGGGUUCUGAUGGGGACCUGUCUGACUGA